GAGCAGAGGGAAAGCGUGCGGGGGAGGAGCGAGGGAUAUAAAUGGAGCGCACCUGCCCUUGUAUACUACCAAGUUGUAGGCUCAGCGCUAUACUGCUUUUCACAAAUCAUCAGAAUUACAGUUUAUGAUAUCUUGCAAAACAGCACUUUUCCUAUGCGUUUAGAGAUAAUGUCUGUAAUAAUGUAUGUAAUAACGAAAUCACACAAGCUGAACAGUACAACAAUCCAAGUAAAUAUUAAUUGGUUAUGACAUUUUUAAUGAGUCCUCUGGAAACACUACUGUUUGCGGCGCGUUUCUGUAUUUGCAGCUUGUUUUCAAAAUGCUGCGCAUGUGUGGCUUGUAAUGCGUCAUCUUGUGUUGUAGAGCGUCUGUAUCUUUACUUUCGUUUUGGAUCGCGGGGCAGUUUUAUCGUCUCUCUUAUUUGGACAGAUAUACAAUAACUUUUCCAGUGUACAGAGACCGAGUGAAGGUGAAAUCAUGAAGGAAUUUGUCUGCGCUGUUCUCGUCGGUCUGCUCUGCCUCGCGGCCCUUUCAAUGGCCAAAGAAUCUGCACCCAAGGUUCAGGUGUACAGCCAUGCACCGGGAGAGUUGGGGAAAGCCAACACCUUCAUCUGUCACGUCAGCGACUUCCACCCACCAGAAAUCACCAUUGAGCUGCUCAAGAGUGGAAAGGAGAUGCAAGGAGCCAAGCAGACUGACCUGGCCUUCGAGGAGAGCUGGCACUACCACCUGACCAAACACGUGCCCUUCAUUCCAGUCGAAGGAGAGGAGUUUGCCUGCAGGGUGACUCACAUGGGAAAAAGCAGGACGUACAUUUGGGAACCAGAUAUGUAAGUUCUAUGCUCCGCCUUGCUUCAGGUCUGCAUCGUCUCAAGAAGAUUGGAAUGUUUUGUCUAUAAUCUUGGGUUUCAUUGUGAAAGUUUGAGCAUCAGCAAAUGAGAGAAAAUACUGCACUUAGAUUAAGUGUGGGUUUUUUUGUAUCAGAAAUUCCAAAUUGCAAUAAAGGUUCAUGAAGUGAUUGUUGACCACAAGAGGGCAGAAAGACUCCAAAACUCACAGAAACAGAGCCUUAAACAUCUAGAUUACAUGGGUUCAUUAGGAAAACUAGAUAUCGUGUUUAAAAAUGAAUGCUGUUCACCCAGCUCAUACACCUACUUUAUUCUCCCUGUUUUGCCUCUGUAUUGUGUGACCUGUGCUACAUGUAUUUUACUGUCUCUGUCCCUGAACACAAUCUCAGAGAAAUUUACAAAUAUGAGAUCAUCUUGGUUUAAAAAUUAUAAAUUGACCUUGUGUGCCAUUUGUGGUGUCCUGGCAAAAGUUUAACAGAUGUAUGUUUAAUAAUUGCAGUCUAUGAGGAAACUGGUUUCUGGGUCGCAGUAGAUUUCUCAGUAGAAGUCCUAAUGGCUGACAUGUCAGCAAACCCUUGCACAUCCAGCAAAAACAUAAUUAAAUGGACAUUCAUGAUUACGACAUUUACAGUAAGUGUUCAUAUUAUCAGACUACUCAACGUGCUUGUGUCACUAAAAACAAGUGUAAUUUAACACUGGAUGAAUAGUUAUGUAAGACUGAGCUACAUCUGUAUGCUAGGCAGAACUGGUGAUAUGGAGGUAAAAAUUAUGUUACACUCCAGGAGAACACUCUAUGUGUUAGUCUGAUAGUGUGCAACCAGCAAGGAACAGAUCCUAUCAAUAAAUAAGAUAUAGGGUAAGUGAAAUUAUUAAAUAAUUUCAAUACAAAAUUACAUAAAUGUAUGAGUGCCUGCUCCAUUUAAUUCUCAAAAAUAAUGAACAAAAUAUUAAAUCAGUUUUUAGCACAAAUGAUGGAUUUUGGCUACUGCUGUCAGACAUGGUGGCUCACGGCUCACCGUUUCAUCCUGGACAGGAAGAGUCCAGUCAGCUGUGAGUUUUUGAGGUGGGAGUAGCUGCCCACAAAAAACAAAUUAGCUAACUUAACCAUAAUGGGGAGUCAUCAUUUGGUUCAAUAUUCAUCUGAAAAAUAUUGCUUCAUGGAGCUUUAAGAUAACCAUUUACACUGAUUAUUGGAAAUGUAAAUGUUUGCAUUCUUUUGUGUGUGUGAUGCUUAAUCUGUAAAGGCUAAAAUACUUUCAUUUUAACUGUUCUCAUUAGUUGAUUCAUGUAAAUUGUUCUUUAACUACCUUGUGCAUAUUUUAGCUGACAAAACUUUUGAGAUUUAUUAUGCAGAAUCACUCCAAAACCUGAGCACUUGCUUAUGUUGUUUCUGAAAUAUAUACUAGUAGAUCUCAGUUUGACUCUGUAAAUGUAUUUUAUACAAUAUGGUUGGGUAAUAAAAGUGUUUAUGACACUUCAAAUUAAAUUAAUUUGGAAAUAAAUGUGAUAAUGUGUU